AUGGAUACUCUUCUCACUGCCGAUGUCAUGGCUAGUUCGCCGAAUUGGAAACGCAGGUCAAGCACUUUCGUUGAUGCUAUCCAUGACUUGCCUGAGAAGGAGAGCAUGGCUCCUGCUCAACUUUACAGCACCGAGUCUGGCCGUCUUUUCCAUUCCGGUAGGAUAGUCAUUGCUACAGUUGGACUGCCCGCUCGUGGCAAGACCCAUACCUCGGUUGCUCUGGCCAGAUAUCUACGAUGGCUUGGUGUAAAGACUCGUAUUUUUCAUCUUGGUGACUACAGAAGAGCGACAAUGGGUCCGGGUAAAGAAGUUCCUGAUGACUACUUCUUCAUCAACGCUUCUCCUUCAUCCGUGCUGCUUCGCCAAAAGAUCCUCCGAAAAUGUAGAGAGGACAUUUACAACUUCCUUGAGCACGAGAAUGGUCAGAUUGCCAUCUAUGACGCAGUAAAUCCUUCUGCUGCUGGUCGCAUUUCUCUUGCCAAAGAGUUCUCUAAGCAUAACGUGCAGACCCUCUUCAUCGAGUCACAUUGCACAGACGAGAAGAUUAUCGAAGAGAACGUCCGCAGCGUCAAGAUCUCAUCUCCCGACUACCAAGGUUGGUCCGACAAGGAUGCCGUCAAAGACUACCUGGCCAGAAUCAACGCCCGCAUUCCUCAUUUUGAGUCCAUGGAAGAGGCCGAGCUACAUUACGUGAAAAUGAUCAACGCUGGAGAACGUGUGAUUGUGAAUAACUGUGCCUUCAACUACCUCUCUCAGCGCAUCGUCUUCUAUCUUCUCAAUCUCCACACCAAGCACCGAUCUGUUUACUUUGCCAGAGCGGGAACGACAAGAGACGAGGACUCUUACAAAGCUGACGCUUCACUCUCUGAGGAUGGUGUUACAUACUCCCAGAAGAUGAGCGACGCUCUCAUCAAACACCGAGAGGAAGAGCGCAGGCAACUUAUCGAAAGAGGUGGUCCUGAUGCUCCUUUAAAAUCCUUGACCAUCUGGACAUCCACCAGACGACGCACAGUCGAGACUUCUCACUAUCUUGAGAGCCUGGGAUACUGUGUAAAGCAACGCUCUCAGAUGAGUCAGCUGAACCCUGGCGUGUGCGAGAAAAUGUCCGAAGACAAGAUCCGAGAACAAUACCCUGAGGAAGUGCGCAAGCAUGAGCUUGACCCGUACCACCAUCGCUACCCUCGUGCUGAGUCUUACCACGAUCUGGCCGUUCGUUUGGAACCCAUCAUCCUGGAGUUGGAGCGCGAGCAAAACGAUCUUUUGAUUGUCGCCCAUGAAAGUGUGUUGAGAGUGCUUUACGGCUACCUGAUGGCUUGUGGUGCACGCGACAUCCCGAAGCUGCAAUUCCCUCGCGAUGAGAUUAUCGAGAUCGUUCCCGCAUCCUACAACAAUGAGGCUAGGCGUAUUCAUGUCUCUGGUGUACCAGCUCAGAUUGUACCUGACAGCCCAGAAGACUUGAAGCUUCCUGUGCCCCCAUCAGGUGCGAUCACUCCCUUCUCUGGCAUUGGCACACCUCGAGGCACAGGCACACCUGAGACGAGGGAGGAAGAGGAUGGAGCAAAGCCGCUACCUACGGUAAACAUUCAUCCCAGCAAAUGA